CUGGGGAAGUAUGUGAGUGUGAGGGGCAUGUGUAUGUGUAGAGUGUGCGCGCAUCUCUCUCCCUUAUUUGUCUCGGUGUGCGUCUCUCCCUUACCCUCCCCCUGCCUCAAAUACAUUAUUCCCCCAGACUUGGAAGCCGCUCCCAGAGCUGACGCUUUGAUGGUAUCUGCAAGCGUUUGUGCCGAUCUUAUUUCUGCCCCCUGAAUAUUAAUUCCCAAAGCUGAUGGCAAUACAGCUCCCCACUGUCGGGACCUACUAGAGGCAGGUGGGGGGAGCCACCAUCAGAUUAUAAGCAUAAUAAUAAUACAAAGGGGAGGGAUUCUUCUGCAACCAAGAGACUAGAGGCAGAAGAGGAAAAAAAAAAAAAAACCCGAUGAGUUCGACAAAUAUAUGGAGCACAGGAAGCUCAGACUACUCGACUCCUGUAUUUUCACAGAAAAUGACGGUGUGGAUUCUGCUCCUGCUAUCGCUCUACCCUGGCCUCACUAGCCAAAAAUCUGAUGACGACUAUGAAGAUUAUGCUUCUAACAAAACAUGGGUCUUGACUCCAAAAGUUCCUGAAGGUGAUGUCACUGUCAUUUUAAAUAAUCUCCUGGAAGGAUAUGACAAUAAACUUCGGCCUGAUAUAGGAGUGAAACCAACAUUAAUUCAUACAGACAUGUACGUGAACAGCAUCGGUCCAGUGAAUGCUAUCAAUAUGGAAUACACAAUUGACAUAUUUUUUGCUCAAACAUGGUAUGACAGACGUCUGAAAUUUAACAGCACCAUUAAAGUCCUCCGAUUGAAUAGCAACAUGGUAGGGAAAAUCUGGAUUCCAGACACUUUCUUCAGAAACUCCAAAAAGGCUGAUGCACACUGGAUAACCACCCCUAAUAGGAUGCUGAGAAUUUGGAACGAUGGUCGAGUGCUCUACACCUUAAGGUUGACAAUUGAUGCAGAAUGCCAACUGCAGUUACACAAUUUUCCAAUGGAUGAACAUUCCUGCCCCUUGGAGUUCUCCAGCUAUGGCUAUCCACGUGAAGAAAUUGUCUACCAAUGGAAGCGUAGUUCUGUUGAAGUGGGUGACACAAGAUCUUGGAGGCUUUAUCAAUUUUCAUUUGUUGGACUGAGAAAUACCACUGAAGUAGUGAAGACAACUUCUGGAGAUUAUGUGGUCAUGUCUGUCUACUUUGACCUGAGCAGAAGGAUGGGAUACUUCACGAUCCAGACCUACAUCCCCUGCACACUCAUUGUUGUCCUAUCCUGGGUAUCUUUCUGGAUCAAUAAGGAUGCUGUUCCAGCCAGAACUUCUUUAGGUAUCACCACUGUCCUGACAAUGACCACCCUCAGCACUAUUGCCCGGAAGUCACUCCCCAAGGUCUCCUAUGUUACAGCAAUGGAUCUCUUUGUGUCUGUUUGCUUCAUCUUCGUCUUCUCUGCUUUGGUGGAAUACGGCACCCUGCAUUAUUUUGUCAGCAACCGGAAACCAAGCAAGGAUAAAGACAAAAAGAAGAAAAACCCUCUUCUUCGGAUGUUUUCCUUCAAGGCACCUACCAUUGAUAUCCGUCCAAGAUCAGCAACCAUUCAAAUGAACAAUGCCACUCACCUUCAAGAGAGAGAUGAAGAAUAUGGGUAUGAGUGUCUGGAUGGCAAGGACUGUGCCAGUUUCUUCUGCUGUUUUGAAGAUUGCCGAACAGGAGCUUGGAGACACGGGAGGAUACAUAUUCGUAUCGCCAAAAUGGACUCAUAUGCACGGAUCUUCUUCCCCACUGCCUUCUGCUUAUUCAAUCUGGUUUAUUGGGUUUCCUACCUUUAUCUGUGAAAGAGGUAUGGGUUUUAUUGAUGUGGGUCUUAUUCACUAAAUCUCAUGGAGAGAAGAUGUCCUUUCUAAGUCCACUUAAAGAAUCCCCUGUGUGGUUUAUGAUAAUUUGAAUUUGUUUCUUUGUUCUAACCUGCUAAACUGUGUUGAUGUCAUAUUGUUUGCGCCCAACUCUCCUGUGGUAAGUGUAAUUUGAACUUUAAUGUUUGCUGUGUUUCAAACCUGCAAGGCAAAGUGAAAUUAGAGCAAGAACACUGAAACCCAACAAGAUAUUUUCAGCUACAAUGAUUGAAAUCGUGGAAGCCAUGACUACUUGCAGUGGUGGUGUCCUUAAUCAAUUCAAGAUACAAUUAAACGCAAAAGGUCCAAAACUGUACCCUAUGUUCAUUUGGGGGCAGGUUGUAGUAAAUUUGGUCCCAGUAGGAUAUCUCCCUCAUUUGAGAAAAAUCACAAGUCACUUUAAAUAUGAGUCUAGACUAGAAAUCUAUUACACCUCUAUCUCAAGAUAGGAAGAAAAUUUCCUCCACCUCACAUGUACAAUGAUGUAAAUAUUUCAGUAACGUAGACUGCUUCAAGUUUAAUGCAUGCAUCUCUUUAGAGCCAAAAUAAAUGGAAUGAAGUUAACAUCAUAAAGCAUUGUCUUUUAUUCUGUGUCUUUGGGCUAUAAAAGAAUCAUGAAUGUAAUUACAAGGGUUCGGGUUUGGAAUUGGAGGGAGGAAUUUUCUCUAUCUUCUCCCUCAUGCAUGAAGAUGCGAAGAGCUUAUUUUUUUCCAUGUAGGACAUAUUAAAACAC